AUGACGAUAACUUACAUGGACCAAAAAGUACAACUGCUUAUUGCAUCAAAAGCUUAUGGAUGCAACGCGGUGGCCGCGGGAACCUUUAUACAGGAUCUCAAGGUCCCUGUUGAAUACAAUCUGCGGGUGGUCUUACUCUCUGAUCAGGUCUUCAACAUGCAGCGAGGCAUAUCCUGGUCUAUGCUCUACCAUAGGUUACCAGGUGCUAGUGUUCUGGCAGUCGACUUACUAGAGAACAUGUAUCGCGCAUCCAACACCAUUGACUCGCAGAUUGACGUGAUCCCGCGCGCUGAGGUUAUACAAAACCUCGCUAUCUUCAUCUCAAAUCUCCAAAAAAUCAUCAAUCGCCGAGAAGUCAACCAAGAAGCUUGUAAAUGGGCACAUGAGAUCUUGUCCGGUAUCCUGGGCGAGGUAAUUGACCCCCAAAGUCGCGAAGCAAUAUCGACAGACACGGUACAAAGUCGAAUUGCCGCCAGCAUACCGUUCUCGGAUACUUUUGGACUCGAUAAUGACCUUGUCACUUUCGAUGACCCUCUUCGAUCGGAUUGGAAGUGGGGAUCUAACCCUUGA